AUACGUCGACGUAGUUUCGAUUCAACUUUCAGUGUCGACUCCAACAUGGCGACGGUACCAACACCGACGGCUUAACGUGUGCCCGCGAUCCAACCACAUCGAUUCGUAACGACCGUGACAACUGCUGCGUCGAAUUUCGCCAAGAUCGCGUCAAAAUACGUCGAGAUUCGUCGUUAAUUGUCGCGUGCCUUUCGGCUUUCGGGGAAAAGUUGUCGUGUGAUGCGCGACCGGCAGCGUAAAGUUACCCCGUAAUACACCAAGCGGCAAUUCACUGCACCACCAUCGAACCACGGUUACCAACGCACCAUCAAAAUGAUCCAGAACUCGUACAAGGCGAUGUACCGCCCAAACUUCUACGAGAGCACUUGUCUCCGAUGCAACGAGACCGUCUAUCAAGUGGACAGGGUCGGACCUCUCAAAGACUUUACGUUCUUUCACAGUGGUUGUUUCAAGUGCGCCGUCUGCGGUACCAAAUUGACCCUAAAGACCUAUUACAACAAUCAGUUGCGACAGGAAGACAAGGAAGUGUAUUGUAGCGGUCACGUGCCGAAAAUCGGUCCAGGACACUUAGACAAUUCUUCGGUCGGGAUAAGGAGUGCGCUCAAUGUGCCCAAGUCGACCAGUUUCGUCAACGAACAAAUCCGGGUACCCGGAAGGAGUAGCUUCGACGGAGAAGCCAUAAACGUCCGUACGCAGGUCAACGGUAAUUCGCAUCAAGCCUAUUCACCCCCAUAUGGCGACCGGCACAGCUACAGCCCCACCACCUACGCAAACCACGACAGUUCGCCAGGAUACCAAUAUGGGAGGUUCGAUGCUAGUGCCUUGCACAUAGCGCACGCGCUCAAGCAGACGGAACUACAGAAAUCGUACAAGAUGAACAGAGAAAAGCCAAUCGAUUGUUACUUGGACAGAGAUGAACAAAGGCGAUUAGAAAUGAAACAUCGGAAAGAAGAAGAUGACUUGUAUCGGAAGUUUGCGAAACAGAGAGAAGAGGAAGAACGACGGAUAAGGGAUGAAAUAAGGGACGAAUGGGAAAAAGAACUGGAAAGACUGACGAGCAGGUUCGAAAGGGAAAUGCAGAUGAAAAGAAAACGGGACGAUCAGAACAUACUGACGCUGAGACAUCAACAAGAGAGGGAAGAUCUGGAGAAGAACAUGACGUUGAGGAGGGACAAGAAAAAGGAAUCGUUAACGAGGAAAAUGCUGGAACACGAGAGGGCCGCAACCGCAGCCCUAGUGGAAAAACAAAGUCACGAAAUGCUGGAACUCAUCAACGAGAAAAGAAGCGAAUACAUGCAAGCGGAAUCACUCUACUUGGACCACCACGACGGAUACACCGACGAAGCGCAGCCCUACCCGAUUCACGCACCCCCACCAGCCCCACCCACCCUUAGCAAAUAUCAGAUUUAUAGUCACCCAAAUGAGUUCGCGCAUAUCGAUCAGAUCGCCAUAUCGGUAGCCCAGGAAGAUCAAAAAUCGUUCACCGACCUCGUCAGGCAGUUGGUCGGUAGAUGCGGAUCCGACAUAGAGAAAGCGAGAACGAUAUUCAGAUGGAUAACGGUUAAAAAUUUGAACAAUAUGAAUUUCGACGAUAACCUUAGGGGCGAUACGCCAAUGGGGUUGCUCCGCGGCAUCAAAAACGGCACAGAGAGCUACCACGUACUGUUCAAAAGGCUUUGCAGUUACGCCGGCCUGCACUGCGUCGUGAUCAAAGGAUACUCCAAGUCGGCGGGUUACCAACCCGGUGUUCGAUUCGAAGAUAACAGAUUCAGGAAUUCGUGGAACGCGGUCUACGUAGCAGGAGCCUGGAGGUUCGUCCAGUGCAAUUGGGGAGCAAGGCACUUAGUUAACGCCAAAGAAGUACCGAAGGCCGGUAACAAGACCAAGUCGGACAGCUUAAGGUACGAAUACGACGAUCACUACUUCCUGACCGACCCCAAAGAGUUCAUAUACGAAUUCUUCCCGCUUCAAUCGGAAUGGCAGCUGCUGAAAAAUCCAAUUCAGCUUCAGGACUUUGAGGAACUCCCGUUCGUCAGGUCGUUGUUCUUCCGAUACGGGUUGUAUUUUUCGGAUCCUAAGACGAAGGCAGUGAUGUUCACAGAUUCAACAGGUGCGGCAACGGUCAAAAUCGCGAUGCCGUCUCACAUGCAGGGAAGCCUGAUUUUCCACUACAACCUCAAAUUUUACGACAGCGAUGGAGAUACUUUCGAAAGCGUUUCGCUCAAAAGAUUCGUAAUGCAGUCGGUGGUAGGAAACACGGUCGCGUUUAGAGUCCACGCCCCCUGCAGCGGCGCCUUUUUGCUGGACAUAUUCGCCAACGCGGUCACCCCCAAAGAAUACCUGACGGGCGAGCCCAUGAAGUUUAAGAGCGUCUGCAAGUUCAAGAUCUGCUGCGACGACUUGCAAACCGUCAUGGUGCCUUUGCCGGACUGCGCUAGCGGCGAAUGGGGACCGACCAAAGCGACCAGGCUAUUCGGUUUGGUACCGAUCACACACCAGGACGCCCUGAUAUUUGCCGGCCGCGAAUUAGAAAUUCAGUUCCGGAUGUCGCGACAGCUGACUGAUUUCAUGGCGACGUUGCACAAGAACGGGGUCGAGGAGAAACGCUUAUCUAAAUUCGUAUCCCACAAUGUUUCCGACGAUAUCGUGACGUUCAACAUCAGUUUCCCCGAAGAAGGACAAUACGGCCUGGACAUUUACACUAGGGAAAUGGCGUCGCCCCACGACGUUGCCGGAGAAAAGCACCUGCUCACACACUGCUGCAAGUAUCUGAUAAACUCGUCGAAGCGGAAUUAAAUUUUCCACGUGGCGCUUUUAAACAAUAUUAGAAGCGAGCAGACAACCAUGUUUCAGACGUUUUCUAGUCCUAAAUUAAUGUUUUUUUUUGUUGUCUUAUUUGUUGGCGAAGCCGUAACACAUUAACCGACGUACUAUCGUUUUGAGGUUAUGUCUGAAACGCGAUCUGCGUAGUCCUGAUGGUGCUCAUUAAUGUGAGAAAGUUAAUGCUGUAGCAAGAAUUAAUGGUACAAUUUAACGUUACUUGCCAUGUUGGAAUUAUUUUGCGAACGAGACGCUAUUUAUGGUCCGGGUGAUAUGUAUCUAUAUUCAUGAACUGCUUCAAUUCAUUCAUAUCUAAAUCCCACUGGCUGGACCAUAAAGCAUUAAUUUCCUUUGCGAAUGUCAGACUGUCGAAAAAAAGUUCAAAUGAGGAGUGGGAGUAACAAAGGUGGUAAGUGCCACAAUUUCUGAAAUUGAGUUAUUCCCAGAGAAAAUUAGCGAAACCUACUGGUUAGUUAGAAAACAAAUAAACAACAAACAAAUUUUACAACGUUAUUAUAUAUAUGAAUACUUAAAUAAUUUAUAAAAUUAUUGUAGAAUAUGAAAAUAUUAAUAUGAAAAAUGAGCGUAGAAAAGACGGCAUUAGACACAUGGAAAUGUUGUUCAAGUCUAUAAGGCAACUUGUAUUAAUACUUUUGCAGUGACAGGGAAAUAGUUGGAUAUACUUAUCGCUAAAAAGAAAGCUGGCAAAACAUUUUAUUCUGAUAAAAGGAACUUGCCAUAAGUAGGGAAGCUAAAUUACAACCGGAGUUUAAUCAAAUGAAACAGACAGAGCCACAGAAUUUCUAAAAGGGGAUAAGUCAGGUAUGUUGCUUGUCCAUGAACCCUAAACACCUGUGCUUAUAUGUUAUAAUGGGGCAAAUGAGAUUCCUUCCUGUUUGCUUUGCUGUUUAAAUAGUGUAUUUACCAAUAAUAGAUCGUCUGGUGGUCAAAAUAAAAACAAACAUAUUUUGUUUGUUCUAAUAUUCUUGCUGACUCAAGGCUUUUCCGAUUGAAUUCAGAUUAAGUUUAAUCAGCAGGCAUAACUUUAUGUCCUGCGACAAGAAUUUUGCAGCAAGGUGCAACCCACCAUUUGUGGUGUGGUCAAUAUGGCCAAUUUUGAAUUUUGGGAUAUAUUGAGACUUUGUUAUAAACACUUAAAGUUUUAAAUCAGCAAAGCAGUCAUAAUGCAGAUAGACAGAGAUAAUCCUACAAAUGUAAAGACAAAAGCUGUGAUUUGUAAAACCGAAAGAUUUGCUAAAAGCUGAACUGCACUUCAAUCAGAAAAUAAAAUAUCUUUGUUCUCUGUUACCCUGUGUGAGUAAUCUACUGCUUCAAGACUAAUAAGAAACUGCAAGAAGCAUAGGCUAGAGAGAUCUUUUUUCUUUAAAAUGUAUUUAUUUUUAUUGUUAAAAGUUCCAAAAUAUAUGAGCAAUAUUUUUUAACGCCAUUUUGUUAAAACAUUGUUGAAAUAUUAAACGGCACUCACCCCGUUUCUUUUUUUUCUUUCAUUUUAUAAUUUUUAUUUUCACUUGUUUUAUUAGCUACAUCAGUUUGCCUUAAUAUUAGUUUUCCGUUUGAGUUGCACUUUUUUUAUAUUAAUAAAUUAACAGAAUAAAAUUUGCCACCUGUGUUACUUCCACUCUUCAAAUAACAAUUUGAAAAUUUGUGUGGAACUUAAGUGCUUCGGCUAUAGCCAUUCGAGCAAAAUAUUUUCAAUGUCGUCGUAAACUGUGCAAUAAGUAAUAAUCGAAAAAAGGUUUAAAGAGAAAUAUAUUUUUUUGUAACAGAUAUUAAUAAUUAUGCACGUUAUCAAGUUAUACGUAUUUUGUUAUUUACUAUUAACAUAUGUUAAAAAAAUGUAAAAGAUUUUAUAAACUGCUUAAAUUCAUGUCUCUUGCAUUUUAAAACAAAUAAAAAGUUUAUUUAUUUUAAA